AUGGGUUUUAUGAUUGGAAAAUCUGCAGCGACUGUCCAAAGAAUUUUUAUUGGAUGGGUGAUUUUCUUAUCGACACUUUUUAGCCAAAUUAAUUUAAAACCACCCUCUGGAUUCCUUCUGCAAAAGAUGCCUGAUAUCUUUGUAAAAACAGGGCAUGGUUUAACAGAUUUAAUUAUAGAUGCUACAGAAUUUAAAUUCCAAAGUGCAUCAAACUUCGAACUCAAUUCACUUAUGUUUUCAAACUAUAAAAACACUCAAACAGGAAAAGCUCUUAUUGGGAUAGCUCCACAUGGCGGUGGAAUACUUUUCAGUGACAUUUAUCCUGGCUCUAUAUCUGACUCUGCAAUUACUGAAAAAUGUGGUGCAUUGUUAUUGGUGGAUGAAGAACACGAAAUAAUGAGCGAUAGGGGAUUUUCAAUUCAAGAAUUGUGUUCUGUUCGUGGUGUUACAUUAAAUAGGCCUAAACAAAAAUCAAAAGACCAGUUUGACGAAAUCGAUGUGGCAACUAAUUUUGAUAUUGCAGCGACACGAAUUCACGUUGAACGAUAUAUCGGAAGAGUACGAAAUUGGGGAAUUUUGAAUUCUAUUUGGCCGAUUAAUCGUAUUGAUAUUCUUAGUUCAACAUGGCAAAUGAUUUGUCAUAUUGUUAACUUAACAAUGCCCCCUAUAGGUCCUAAAGAAGCUAACAAUCCUUAA